GACCUUCUGAAGGACAUUCAGAGUUGGAUCAGCAGCACCGAGGAGGGCGCUCCACGCAUCUUAUGGCUGUCUGGCACAGCAGGCAAGGGUAAAUCGGCUGUUGCCCAUACAAUAGCCAACUGGUAUAUCGAAAACGGUGGUCUUGGCUCAUUCUUCUACUUCGAUCGCACUCGGCAAGUGGAUCGCCGUCAGGACAAAAUAUUUACGACUAUUGCAAGGGAUUUGAACGUGUCUGUUGGAUAA